GGCAGUCGCAGUGAGCGGUGAGCUGGCAUGAAGUGAGAACUGAGAAGGCGAUUCUCGCGUUUUCCUCGAACAUUUGCCGAGCCUUGCCGUGCCCGCCUGAGUGUUUCGCGCACUUGUGUUUUGCAAUUAAACGUGGGAUCAUCAAUCGCGGUCCAAUCGCACUGUGAUUAAACAAAGUGGAAGCCGAGCUGACAAGCCAGCUCUGGCCGAAAACGAAAAGUGAACAACAACAGCUGAACGACAUUAUGACAAUGUUAUGAUGCUGAUUAAUAACUGGACAAUUAGCUGAAAAUGAACUCGUAAAGAUUACACUGAUUGUGGGUAGUGAAUUGAUAAAUUUUUAAAUAUAUAUCCUAAACGAAAACAGAGAUUUAUGCAAAGGCAUUCGAGCGCAUUGCAGGAGUACAAUUAUAAACUUCAAACGUUGGUUGGCAUUGAAUUAAAACAAGUGGAUAGUUUAAAUAAAAUAUAUACAAGAUGAGUUACGGUUGGAACACGGAAGUGGUCAGUGAGCCAGAGUUUGUUCGUCAGGUCGCUAAAAAAGUGGAUCUCGGAGAAAGAGGAUCAGGCAUCAGACCACAAGGAACAGUUCAAGACUUUAACGAGCUAAGGCAGCAAUGUUUAUCGAAUGGAACACUGUUCGAAGACCCCGAGUUUCCGGCUCAAGAUAAUUCCAUAUAUUUUUCAAAGAGACCCGAUCGGUACAUCGAAUGGAAACGUCCAAUGGAAAUUGCACAAGAUCCACAAUUGUUCGUGGAGGGGUUUUCACGGUUUGAUGUACAACAGGGCGAGCUUGGUGAUUGCUGGCUCAUCGCAGCUGUUGCAAAUCUUACACUGCAUCCAAAUUUAUUCUUCCAAAUUGUACCCGAAGAUCAAAGCUUCGAAGACAACUAUGCAGGGAUAUUCCAUUUCAGAUUUUGGCAGUACGGAAGAUGGGUGGAUGUAGUCAUAGAUGAUCGCCUGCCGACUAGUCAAGGGAAAUUGAUGUUCUUACAUUCAGCUGAAAAUAACGAGUUUUGGAGUGCAUUGCUUGAGAAAGCGUAUGCGAAGCUUCAUGGUUCAUAUGAAGCUUUAAAGGGAGGAACGACAUGUGAAGCUAUGGAAGACUUUACCGGAGGUGUAACCGAGUUGUACGAAAUGAAUGAAACACCACCAAACUUGUUCAGUAUUCUACUCAAGGCUUACGAAAGAAACUCAUUAAUGGGUUGUUCACUGGAGCCUGAUCCAAACGUAUUGGAAGCUGAAACACCAGAAGGUUUAAUCAGAGGGCAUGCCUAUAGUAUUACACGAGUCAAGUAUGUUGAUAUUAUGACGCCAAAUCAAGUAGGAAAAAUUCCUUUGUUGCGAUUGAGAAACCCAUGGGGUAACGAGGCUGAAUGGAACGGACCUUGGAGCGAUCAAUCACCUGAAUGGAGGUUUAUUCCUGAUCACGAAAAAGAAGAACUAGGAUUAACGUUCGACGUAGAUGGUGAAUUUUGGAUGUCUUUACAAGAUUUCAAACACCACUUCACAAGGCUUGAGAUCUGUAACUUGAAUCCGGACUCUUUAACAGACAGCGAUCUCGGCGCUGGUAAAAAAAAAUGGGAAAUGAGCGUAUUUGAAGGGGAAUGGGUACGCGGAGUGACAGCUGGUGGAUGCCGUAACUUUUUAGAAACCUUCUGGCACAAUCCGCAGUACCGUAUAACAUUAGAAUACCCAGAUGAAGAUGAUGACAAAUGCACGGUUAUCGUAGCCUUGAUGCAGAAAAAUCGUAGGGCACAACGACAGAUGGGUGCUGAUUGCCUGACAAUUGGGUUUGCCAUGUAUCGUCUGGAAGAUCCCGACAGAUUACCAAAGCCGUUAGAUGUUAAUUUUUUCAAAUUCAACGCCUCAGUAGCUCGAUCUCCAUCAUUCAUUAACCUUCGUGAAGUUAGCUGCCGCUUCAAAUUGCCGCCUGGUGUAUAUUGCAUUGUUCCCAGUACUUUUGAUCCUCACGAAGAAGGCGAAUUCUUAUUGAGAGUAUUUUCUGAAAAUCAGAACAACAUGGAGGAAAAUGAUGAACAAGUUGGUAUCGGCGAGGUUGAUGAUAGGGUGAAUAACCAUGGUAAAGAAAGGCCAGAUGGGCAAGAAGAUACAGUAAGAGAUCAGCCUGAGCCUGAUAGAAACGAGGAAAAAGUACGAGAGUUCUUCAGAAAACUUGCCGGUGAUGAUAUGGAGGUUGAUUGGAUGGAAUUGAAAGAAAUCUUGGACUUUGCUAUGCGAAAAGAGCUACCAUCAUCUGCUCGACGUAGCGAAGCUCGAGCCCCAGAAAUCACCCCAGGAGAAGGGUCCAUUGUCGACACGCUCAUCUCGUUACUCUGUGGUCUUGUUUGUAAUAACGAGCAAUACAAUAAACCUGUAGAACUGCAAAACGAAGGUUUUAGUAAAGAUAUAUGCCGCAGUAUGGUGGCCAUGCUGGAUACAGAUCGUUCUGGUAAACUAGGAUUUGAAGAGUUUAAAUCACUUUGGAAUGACAUUAGAAACUGGAGGGCUGUCUUCAGAUUAUACGAUAGAGAUGGUUCCGGAUACUUAAGCGCGUUCGAGCUUAGACAAGCUUUAAACAGCGCUGGCUAUCGCAUGAAUAAUCAUGUCUUGAACAUACUUGUACAUCGUUAUGGAACGAAGGAUGGAAUGAUCGCAUUUGACGACUAUAUCAUGUGCGCUGUACGUCUAAAGACGAUGAUUGAUAUAUUCAGAGAACGCGAUCCAGAUAAGACAAACACUGCUACUUUUACAAUGGAAGAAUGGGUUGAGAAGACAUUGUAUUCGUAAUCCAUAGCAAAAAAGAGUCAAACAGAAAGCACAAACUCAGGAACAAAUUGUCGACCAGAUGUUGGUCGACGUGAAACUUUGAAGUACCACAUUUUCGAAAUCCUGGAAGCUAAAUAAAAUUGAAGCUCUCAUUUCUUCAAAACUCCGAACUCCUUUUCUCGUAACUGUUAAGCUUUAUUGAUCAUCUCUUUCAUUGUAACUAAUAACUCACUAUCGCUAAAUAUUUGUUUGUAAGCUUAUGCGUUUCAGAUUUACUCGAUCAAUUCAUAAAUGUAUAAAUAAUUUUUCAAGUACAUGUAUAUCCAUUUGUGUUGAGUCAAUUCAAGUGUUCGAGCUAACUGAGCUUACCAACGUAAUAUUUAGAAUCAGAUUCAUCGAGAGAACGUUAUUAAUAUUGUACUCACAUCUUUAUUUUCUGGGCAAAAUAUUUUUUUUCGAAUUCAUCAAUUAUUGCAUGAUAAACUCCUACAUGUGUAGAAAGAAAACAUCGAAGUUCGUAGAAGUUGGUUCAAUUUGCAGGAGAAACAGUGGUGUCAAACAGAAACAGCUUUAAUUUAUGUUGGUUAUAUGUAGGGAUCCUGAUACUUUGAAAAGGUUGGUUGGGAAAAAAUCGUUACUUUGCAUUCAUUUUAUCAUAACAUAGUCAUACAUUAAGUAAUUAUAAAAUCUUUAUAUUCGCAAGCUAUGGACCCCUCUUUAAAAAUACAAAAAUCAGAAAAUCCUAAUUACAAGAAUUAUGAAGAAAAUGUUCAUUGAAGCUUUAUUUCAAAUCGCUUCUGAAUAGUUUAUGAUUUAAUGCCUAGUAGAUCUGGUCGAAUAUAAUAAUUCAAUAAAUACUCUUUAGUAGUAUCUUGUAAUGAAAUUAAUAAAAAGUAUCGAUUUUUGGCCGACCCACCUCUUUAAAUAAGGCAUAGGCAGCAGGACCAGGAUAGCUAUCUAAAUUAUAAUUAGUGCGUUGGUUUCAUGGUGCAAAGUAGAUAGUUGUUGUUUAUAAGAAUCUUUUAUAGAUA